UCAGGAUGGUUUAGAGAGUGAACAAUGGCUGACAGUGGCGACCGUGAAUUAGAAUACGUCACAGACCUUAGAAUAUCUGAAUCUAGUAAUUUUGCAGACAUUUGUAUUGAAGCCAACAUACCUGGUGUUUCAAAAUGGAAGAAAAUGAAAGGACAAAUAAAAGUCAAAGAUCAAUUUGAUAACGAUUCUUUCACACUGCACGUCGAAACUAAGUCUUCCCUCUAUGGGUUGGAAUACAAUGGCAAGCAAUUAUAUAAACCGAUAGUUGGAAGAAAAUGCAAAACUCAGGUCGAAGAUGGUUGUGUCAAGAUUAUAUUACGGAAAAAAGAGGCAGAAACCUGGCGUGAAGACAGUACGGGGAUGCUCGCCAUAUUGAGAGAUAAUCAAUGAACGAACGAACAUCUGUAUUAAAUUAAGCCAUAAAUAAUAGUUAAUUUACAUAUACAUGUAGUUUGCCACAUAUGUUUAUACCGUAUACCAUGGCCAAGUACAUGAAACUUUUCAUGCAACUAAAAUGGUAAUUAUUUUACGGUAAACAUAUUUGACAUGAUUGUUUUCCGAUGACGAAGCUUGUGGGCUCAUUGACCAAAAAUCAGGUAGUUUGUCACAAACAUAAUUCUCAGCAAAAAUAGAGUAGUUUUAGCGGG